AUGGAAAACCUUAAUAAUAAUAAUAAUUAUGGAACGAAUUGUAAUUCUUCAAUUCCUCAAUAUUCAGAAUCAUCAUUCACUCAACAUGAAGACCAUUUCAUACAAAAACAAGCACAUAACAAGAGGAGCCCCCGAACGCAACACACUCAUGAUUUAUCAAUAACAACAGCCAUCCCGUCUCAUCAUCAUGAUCGAGUGAUUAUCGAACUCACCAAUGAUGAACAACACUCUACAUCAUCAAAACCCGAAAAGCCUGUUGAGAACAAGAAAGAUCUCUCAUCUCAGAACGUAAGCCCGUGCUUGACCUCUAAUAAUACUACAUCACUCCUCUCAUCCCUUUCUCUCAAACAGUUAUUCGGAAAACCCCAUCCGAAUUUGACGGUCAUGAACGUGUUGGUGGUUUUUUUCUUGGUGCAGUCGUUGAUUACCAUAGGGACCACCUUUGUGAUUCUCUUCUAUGAAGGAUCUGAUAUUGCAAAAAAAGCGGAAACUGUGGCCCAUCAAGACACCUUUCGAACGGUCAUUCGAAAUCUUCAUGAUUUUGUCAUUCCAGCUGAAAUUGUUACGACCAGUCUUCAUAACAACGUCCUCCUCGCCUUCAUUGAUCCCAACAGUCAUAAUAGUUGGGCUCAACUCAUGAGCAUGACCAGUGUGUAUGAUCGACAAAUGUCCUCCAUGUAUUUUGGAGAUCUCCAGAAUCGAGUCACAGUGUUAAGGCAACGAAACGGCAUGAUGGAACUGUUAGUGCCAUGUAAAAGAUCUCUCACCAAAAUCUUUCCUCCUGAAAUUGUUACGAAAGAUUUUGAUUUGACACUUGCAAAUUCAUGUCCCACCUCUCACUUAAAGUAUAAUUUAAGCAGUGAUGGAAUGAUCAUGAUCAGCCAAGGUGUUGGGAAGGUCAAUUUAGACGUGAAUGUUUCAACCUCUAUCUGGUACACCAACAUUGCUGACAAUGUGAACGCAACAAUCCCGUCCAUUCCAACACGAUCCAAAUACACUGUUUGGAGUAAUGUAUUUAUGAACAAAGGAGCUCUUUCGAUCUUUGCGUCCAUGCUUGUGGUGAAGGGAAACGAGUUUGUUGGAGUUUCUGCUCUCGAGUAUUCUCUUGGUGACUUGCAACAAUUGUUGUGUUAUUUGGUGGAAAAAGGAGGAGGUGCCAUUCUAGUUCUUGAUCGACAGAACAACAUUUUGGGUGCAUGUGCACGACUUUCACACUUCUCGUUCUAUGAAUUGUCAUCAACUGCCAUUCAGAAAUUUCCCAAUGAUUUCAGUACCUCUUCUUUAUUUAUGACUGUGCAUGAGUUAUUGGUGGAGCACGGUCUCUACGGAAAUCAAACAGUGAGUUUUUCGGACAUUACGAACCUUGAACCACAACUGAACGGAAUGAUUGAGCAGGCCUAUUACUCGAUAUCAUCCUUUUCGAUGAAUAAUUUAGUGGUGAACGUUAUUGUCAUUACAGAACAUACUGAUUUUCUUACCUUGAUCAUCAAUUCUAGAGUGAGUUCAGUGGUCAUCUUGUUUCUGGUAGUAAGCUUGGGAAUUGUUCUUUUGAUCAUUGUUGUGAAGGGUAUCACUUCUCCGUUCCAAGCGUUAAGUAAGACGAUGGAGAAUAUUUUACUAUUAGAUAGAUCCAUGUCAUCUCCUGUAAAAUCUGAUUGUAUGCUGAGCGACGUACGCCGCAUGCAAAAGCAAGUAGAAUUGUUUAGAAAAGUUCUCUUUUAUUUUUCAUUAUUUUGCCCAGAAAUUAUUGUGAAACACAUUCUAAAAGGGUCCAACGCAGCCGAAUCUGAUAAAGAUCAAUUAAUUCCGACCAAGCGACAAUACAUGAGCGUUCUGGUUUUCGAGCUUAAUGGAUUUUGGGAGCUUGAGCAACAUGUUGGAAUUGAUGUGUUUUGUCGCAUAUUGAACAGGAUUAUUUCUGAGGUGACAACCUCCAUUCAUUCGAACGAAGGUUUUGUGUGCGACCUUUCUGUCAAAAACUCUUUGAAAAUUCAUGCACUUUGGAACGAUUCGACCAUGCAAGUGGAAAAUCAUGAGGUACGAGCAGCAGCCACAUCUCUUGAAAUUACAUCGUUGAUUGCAGAUAAAAUCGAGCUCAUUCAAGAGGAGUACAGUAAUUGUGUGAACGUGGAACUUCAUUAUAGGUCGGCGCUUGCUGCCGGUUACAUAAUUUUGGCAUCAACAGGAACAACAACCUCAAGAAUUAGUUUUUCUUGCUUUGGUGAGACUAUUGCAUUGUGCAGUUUAUUACUCGAGCAAUGUCGCAAAGGUGAAGUGUUGAUGGAUCAUAACAUGUUUGUUAAGGUUAGUGACAUGUUUUUAGGUCAGUAUAGACAAACCAUCAAACACGACAAUCGAGAAGUGGAUAUUUAUUCCUUGAAGAAAUACAUGAAAGAAUCAAGUGCCUAUGAACAACAUGUGUCAUCCAAGUUGUUACAACUAAGAAGCAGAAGAAGAGAACUUGAUAUCUCAGAGCUACCGAAUGAUACUCUUUUUAAGUCGUUGUGCAAAGAAUUACAAGACUUGGGUCAUGAAGUGGAUACUUUUAAUUGA